AAACUCCGGGCUGCUUGUUCAUUGUACUGAGUCAGCGGCCAUACGCAAAUGGAUCCAGAGGAGGGCUGUGCUGUGUAGGCUGCACUCUACAUAAGCUCUCAACCUGCGGGACUGCGCGCACAUACUGCCGACUGGAGAUCGCAGGUAGCAUCUGGGGGCUUGACUUACACAUCAGAGGCUCUGAUUUGUGCCUAUUUUCACAAGGACAAGCUUAAAUCCAGGAUUGUCUGACGAGACCUUUCAUACAUCCUCCGUUCCUGAUCUGCCCAUCGGGUGCAUAGAGCAGUACAAUGCGGCGGCUGUGCUGUUGACUAAUUGGACACCCCCUCCACCUUUUUUUCUUCUUUUAUUUUGCUUUUUUUUUUGCCGGUUCUUACUCAAGGAGGCACAUUUCCAAAUCAAUGAUGAAGCUCAAACCAAACCAGACCAGGACAUACGAUGGCGACGGUUUCAAGAAGAGAGCGGCAUGUCUGUGUUUCAAGAAUGAACGUGAAGAAGAGGUAAGAAAGGAUCCCAGUGUGACGCUGUUUUCCUGCAUCUUAUCAACAAUAUGCAGCCCUCAGGCCGGUGUGAAGGGCAAACUAGGACGCUUGCUUGGUGUAUUUGAGCAAAACCAAGAUCGUAAGCACCGAACGUACGUGUACGUGUUGACUGUGACGGAAACCCUAGAAGACUGGGAAGACUCUGUCAACAUAGGUCGUAAGCGGGAGUGGUUCACCGUGGAAGAGGCCAUCAAAGUGCUGCAGAGCCACAAACCCGUUCACGCCGAGUACCUGCGGAGGCUCCAGCUCAGCUGCUCUCCCACCAAUGGGAACUCCAUCCUCCCGAGCCCCUCAUCAAACGACAACUACCCCCAUUACAGCGCUACACCCACCACACCCUCGACGGGCAGCGUGCUGGGCUCCUCCUGCAGAUAGGACUGCAACUCAACCUCCUGUCCUGUCUAGCUGAGACAGUUCACCUAAAGUCUGUACAGUCUCGUGCAUGAAUCUAAAGACUUUUUCAGAGUUGUGGCUCUUCUUGUAUGUAUAGUUUCUAAUCUUAGCUGCAGGACAGACCAAAGCCAUUGCCAGAGCCGUGUUAAAGACUGAGCAGGAGAAGCUGGGAACACUCUGGCAGAGAAACUGCGAUUGUGGCUAAAUCGAACACUUUUCUUUUGCUGGCAAACGUCAGAAUGAGGAGCUGAAGUUUGGGACGAAGAAGCUGCAGACUCUGCUGGUACGAGUGACCUCGUGAAGGAAUGCCUUACAGAAACUUUGUAUGAAUGUGGUAUUGGGGUUGUUUUGUUUCACUGAUGGUCCUUUUUAUGUCAUUUUAUUUGAAAGAAUAUGCUGCGUGAACUCUAAUAAAGCGUAGUCGACAGUGUUAAUUGGUAAGAGACUGACACGUUGUAUUUUAAUGUAAAAGCGUGAUUUCCUUUCCACCAUGUUAACCAUUAACUAAUGACAAAAUACAGUUAAUUGAUCUAAAUUAGUAUUUUCACUUAAACUUGGAUGUUGGUGUUAACAAAUGCAGCUGGAGUGAAGGUACUGGAGUAUUUCAGUUAACCAUUAACCUGUAAAACAAAAAAAAAAAAGAGUUUCUACCUCAGUGAGCCUAAACUGGAUAUGAUGAUCGCCAUGGUCAUGUCACAGAAUGAUAGCACUGCUGUGUUUAUAGUUAAACAUGAGCCAGUGUCUGCGAAGUUUAGUGUCGGCUAACCUUGACUGAUCAAACACUGCUCUGAUGUCAGUUUAUGACCACAUACCUUUUUAUCAGUGCUCAGUGUUUCCCCCACUGAAAAGUAUUCAGAAGUGCAAAUUACGACCUUGCUGGGGUCGUGUGGCCGGGCUCAACUUGAGAUGCUUGGAGGGAGGGAAGUGCAUUGCUGUGAUUUAUGCUGAAUGAAAACAAUUGAAUGAUUGUCUGCUUUUCCUUUAACCAGCAGCAGUUUUCUCUCUCUUGUCUCGUGGUGCUGUUUGAAGAACCUGUCCACUAAUUACAUUUCCACAUAAACUAUGAUUGCUUUGUCCUGUGUUUGCAUAGGGCUGCAAUUAAUGCAUCAAAUGACUUGACAAUGACUUUUUUUUUUUUUUUCCUGUUGAUCUGUUAAUGUCUUGGUUUAUUCAAUGCUGCCGGGGGAGGGGGUAAUAUCUACUGGAUCAGUGAGUUAACUGAUGCAAAGCAAAGGUAAAAUGAUCCAGUGACAUAGUUUGAUUCAAAGAAAGAAACGGUGCAUUUUUAAUCUGUGAUAAUUCUUAGCAUUGCCAACACAACCUUUGCCCAAAAAGAUAUAUGAAAUCCAUCUUCCUUUUCAAAAGCCAAAGAAAAGUGGCUCACCCCAGCUUUUAAAUGUCACGUUUCCUCCCUGAAAACAGACUCCCACUCUCUCCUGCUUUGACGGCUGAAUGACGACUAGUUACCACACACCCGAUUUGUAAAUAGCUUUGAGGAGAACCGCUGACAAUGUGUUUUUAACCGAAAUGAAGCUGUAAUUUCUCUCUUUAAUGUUUUAUAAUUUUUUUUAACAAUGUACAAAUGGCAGAAAAAGAAGACCUGUAGGAACUCUCCCUGACCCCCCCACUGAGUACGCACACUACAGGGUAUUUGUAUCACAACAUAGUGACGUGCCACAGGUUUAGGAUGUGAAGGUCAGCUGGUGUUUGUGUUGAGGUGAUGGAGGGGGGUGCAUCAUGUAAUAGUUGUAUUAAAAUGACUGACAGCAGAGAAUGAGAUUAUAUGGAUGAUAAUCUGAAACUUUAAGAUGAAAACCUUUUUAACAGACACAGACGUCACACAAGUAUUGACCCAGAGUAAACAAGGAUUUAUUUUUAUUCUUUUUUUUUCUUUUUUUUUUUAAUGCAGAUGCAUGAGACAUGCAGAGGGCUGGUGCAAACAUCAAAGAUCAGAUGAAUGCAUUUGGAAAUGAAAACGGUGGUACAAUCCAGGCGUUUCUAAUUCUUGGCUUUUGUAGGAGUUCAGUCAUAUCUUCAGAUUUCAUGCCACGUCUCACUUUAUCUUCCUAGUAGAUGCUGCUCUUUCACAAAACCUUAUCUGCAGUAUCGUAAAAUAAUACAGCGGUUCACCUCGCGUAAAGUCUCAGCCUGUUUCUACGUGUGUCUGGACAGAAAUAUGAUGUGCCAAAUUAAAGGAAAACAGUUUGUAUCCUUAUGGGAGGUAAAAGAACUUGAUGUUAGUGUUUUAAUCGUCUAUAUCGUAGAGCGAGAGGGUGGAAAAAAACAUCUCAAACACUGUUUGAUAAAAUCUUUGUGUUAUUUCAGAAUAUGAUUGUUUUAUAAUGUGAAAAAUCUCUUUCUAAAUCCAAACUGCACCCUACAUUGUUCAGAUUCUCAUGAGGCGGUGAUUCUUUACCUCGCGCCGUUUUGAAGUUGAACACAUGCGACUGAGUCAGACCACAAUCUGAACGCGAGCCCAACUUGAAUCCAUUAAUCCUGAUGUUCUACAGCUCCCAGUCACAUCUCCCUCCGCUUGUUGAGAUGCUGUUGGAUGCUCGGGUCUUUGUUGAUCUGUGAUUGGUCUUACUGUAAACAAGGCAAACUAAAGAUUUGUUAUUGUUUAUCUUAAUAUGCACAGCAAUGUUUCAUGUGAAAGUGGGUUAAAGAACUGGAGAGGAAAGACCUUUGGAGAAGAGUGCAUUAAAGAGGAAAAAUCUUA